CACACACACACACACACAUCCUGCAGCUCUCAUCCACCAGGGGCUCAGGCAUUCCCUACCUCCCUUCCGCCUGCUAAGGACUCAGUCAUCCCCUGCCUCCUCAUUUGGAUCCAGGCAUCUCCUACCCCUUAUCCCCCCAGAUGUCUCCUAUCCCCAUUCUUCCUCCUAGGUUUCCCCAAGACCCCAACCUGCUCCCCACUAGGGGCCUAGGUAUUGCUUGCCUCUCAUCCUCCUUUAGCGACCCAGGCCUCCCCCUCCUGUUUGCCCCAUUGGGAUCUAGGUAAACCAAGUCCCCCAUCUGGAAUCAAGAGCCCCACACUCUGUUCUCCCCCAGCCCAGGACCCCCCUCCCAGUGACUCCAGUUUUCUACCUUUACCCACUCCCUUUGGCUAGAUCCCAGCUUCUUACUCCUAACCCUUAGCUCCUUCCUACCCCCUCCCCAGCAGUCUUCUCCAGAGGCCCCUCUCCUGCUGGACCCUCUCCUGAGGUCUUCUUCUCUGAGCCCGGGAAAAUUCAGGCCUUGCCUAAGAGGGGAGCAUGGAGCCGGAGGGAGUGGCUGCUGGGAUCAGGAGAGUGGUGGCCCAGGAAUCUGUGUCAUUCAAAGAUGUGGCUGUGGAUUUCAGCCGGGAGGAGUGGUGCUUCCUGGAUGCCUCUCAGAAGAAGCUGUACAAGGAGGUGAUGCUGGAGAACUAUAGGAACCUGGUCUCCCUGGGGCUUCCCGUUGGCAAAGCGGAUGUGAUCUUCCAGCUGGAGCGGGGGCAAGUCCUGGGGGUGCUGGAGAGAGAAGACCUAGCAGCUUCCCGUCCAGAUUGGGAGCUGAGGCCUAACAUUAGAGGUUCUACUCCAGAGCAGUACGUUUCUCCAGAAGAGUCAUCCUGGAAGAAUGUCGUCAGCAAUAGGCCUUGGAAUUUCGAGUUGGGAGAAGCCUGGGCUUGUGAUCUAAAGUCAGGCAAGAAGCAAGACAGCCAGGAGAGUCCUUCCAGGAAGACCAUAAGCAGAGGAAGAGGCCAGCAAUGUCGUAAAUCUGGAAGAAGCUCCAAUAGGGGGUCAGGCUUUUCUCUCCAGGGGAGCAUUUCUAUAGGUGACAGUCAUGAUGGACAUGGUACAGAUAGCCGGAUCUUCCCACCAUAUUCAAACCUAACUCAGUAUACUAAAGGGACAUCCAGGAAAGAACAUGCCAGGUAUGAUGAACGUGGGGAACACUUUAAUUAUCAGCCAGAUCAUACUCAGGAUUAUGGCAAACAUACAGGAAUGAAAUCAUAUGAAUAUAAUCAAUGUGAGAUAGCCUUCAGCUGGGGCACAGCCCUUACUGGACGCCCCCAACUUCAUACUGGAGACAACUCUUAUGAAGAUAGCCGAUAUGGGAAGACCUUCAGCCAGAAUGCAAAGCUUAUUUAUCAUCAGAAAAUUUAUAAUGAAGAUAAAUAUUAUGUAAGUAAUGAAUAUGGGAAAGCUUCCCUAGAUCACUUAUCACUUCCCACCCAUCAGAAAAUUCGUAUCAGAGAGAAACCUUAUGAAUGUAAUGAAUGUGGGAAGGCCUUUAGCCAGAGCUCAGAACUUAUUAGACAUCAAAAAAUUCAUACUGGAGAGAAACCUUAUGAAUGUGGUGAGUGUGGGAAAGCCUUCGUCUGGAACUCAGAACUCAUUAGACAUCAAAUAAUUCACACUGGAGAGAAGCCUUAUAUAUGUAACGAAUGUGGGAAGGCUUUCACCCAGAGUUCAUCUCUUACUUUACAUCAGAGGAUUCAUACUGGAGAGAAGCCUUAUAAAUGUGACGAAUGUGGGAAGGCUUUCACCCGUAGUUCCUCUCUUACUGUACAUCACAGUACUCAUACUAGAGAGAAACCUUAUGAGUGUAAUCAGUGUGGGAAGACUUUUAGCUGGAACUCAGAACUUCUUAGACACCAAAUAAUUCAUACUGGAGAGAAGCCUUAUAAAUGUGACGAAUGUGGGAAAGCCUUCACCCAGAACUCAUCCCUUGUUUUACAUAAACGAAUUCAUAGCAGAGAAAAACCUCACGAAUGUAAUGAAUGUGGUAAAGCCUUCAUCCAGCACACGGCCCUGAUUUGUCAUCGGAGAAUCCACACUGGAGAGAAGCCUUAUAAAUGUAAUGAGUGUUGGAAGGCUUUCAGUCAGAGUGGACACCUUACUGUACAUAAGAGAAUUCACAGUAGGGAAAAGUCCCGUGAGUGGAAUGGAUGUGGUAAAGCCUUUGUCCAACACUCCCCUCUUAUUUACCAUCAGAGAAUUCACGCUGGUGAGAAAGCUUAUGAAUGCAAUGAAUUUGGAAAGGUCUUCAGUCAGGACACAGAAAUUAUUAACCAUCAGAAAAUCCAUCCUGGAGAGACAUUUUUAUACAUGUAAUGAAUAUGAAAAGGCCUUCAUCUGGAGCUGAUUUCUCAGAGUUCUUCUGAUAAUUCAAGCUAGAUAAGAACUUUAUAAAUGUAAUUAGCAUGGACAGGCCUUUAGAUGGAGCUGAGACCUUAUCAGAUAUCUGUCUGAUCAGAAUGGAAUGAAGCCUUGUAAAUGUUGUAAGGAAUGUGGGAGGGCCUUCCAGAGUUCAUCCCAUACUGUACAUCAGAGAAUUCAUACUAGAGAGAAACCUUAUGGAUGGAAUUAAUGUGGGCUCAGGAUUUGUUAGACAUAAGAAAAUUCCUUCUGGAAAAGAAGCCUUAUAAAUAAUAUUUGCUAACAUUUAUGUAGCGCUUUAGGGAUGGCAAAGUGCUAUACAAAUAUCAUAUCAUUUGAUCCUCAUCACAAACCUGAGAUGUCGGUGCUAUUAUCAUCCCCAUUUUUCAGAUGAGGAAGGUGAGACUAAGAGAAAUUAGUGAUUUCCCCAGGGCACACAGCUAGGAAGUGUCUGAGGCCGAUCUGUCUGACACCAGGUCCAGUGCUCCAUCUGUGGAAUGGAUGAAAUGGAAUUAAAAUUCCACAGACAUUAAGUGUCCUGUUUAUGUGAGCCAUUGUGCUAAUCACUGGGUAUAGAAAGACAAAAAUUAAGCAAUCCCUGCUCUCAAAGAUUCUACUUUCUUCAGGUAACAUGUGGAAUUUUUAGCUGAGGGAAACCCUAUAAAUGUGACAAAUAUGGCAAAAGAUGCUUUCAUCUUCUUGUCCCUGGAGAAAUCCUACAUGAGUGAAAGCUCAUGCAUUUGGAAAGGCAUUAGGCUGGCGCACACUUCUCACUAUCAGAAAAGUGAAACCGCUCUGAGUCCUUUUCAUGGUCAGAUGACUGUGAGAGGCCGUGGAGUGAAAAACCACUGAUCAAGCAUUGCCAGUGGUUACAGGAAGGCCCAAAGAGUAGGGAGGAAGAUGGAUGUGAAGGGAAGAGUUGCUGUUCGUGAUCACAUAGCGAUACCUAAUACUGUAACUGAGAAGGUGACGUUAUAAUACCAAAAGUCAUUUCAUAGCCUCUCAAUCAGGCAACAGACGUUGCAUCCAGUUAUCAAGUUUCUCGGUAUUAACAGAUUUAACGCUUGAUAUUGACUUCUACAUGUGACAUUCCAGAUGGUCUGUAAUGGUCAAAUGGUCCUCUAGACCUAUAUCCAGGUCCUCAUUUUCUUCUUGAGCAGCUGCACCUGUGGCAUGCAUGUCAUCUGGCGCUGUCAUCUACGGUCAGCCUCUGUAGUCCUGGAUCAUCUCCACAUUGCCCUCCAUUUCCAUCAUGGGAGGGAAGGCCUCUCCUUCAUUGUUCACGUGUUCCAUUUUCCCAGAAUUCAAAGAGUCAUAUAAGCAUAUGAGAGUAGAAACCCUGUUUCAACAUGAGCUAGCUCUAGAAGGUAGCACACAAGCAGAUCCUAUAAACAGCCAGGUCUCUGAUGUCAUUGGUGUAGAGAUGGGGUCACAAGGAGUUGGACACAACUGAAUGAGUGAAUAACAACAAAGGGAUUUCCCCAUGAGUAGCUUCUUCUUGCAGUACAGAUCUGAGCCUUCUGUCCAACUCAGAGUCUCAGAGUUGCCUGGGCACCUGAGAGUUCAGUGACUUAGGGAGGGUCACAUGGCCACUGUAUGUCAGAGGUAAAACUUGAACCCGGGUCCUCCUGACUUUGAGGCCAGCUGUCUGUCCACUAGCCCAGGAACCAUUCACCUUUUUUGUGUCAUGGAUCCCAGAGAUAUGCUGGUGAGUGUUUACCAACCAGUUUUCCAAAAAAAGAAAAUUUAUGUGGAAGACAGAUCUCAGUUUAAUGUGCAUCAUUAACAUUUUCUCCGUUUUAUUAAAUCUUGACAAUCGGCAAAACAAACCAAUUCUUGAUUUGUAGUGAUUCCUGAGGUAUAAAUGCUCACACUGAAUUUUUUUUCUUUUUCCAUUUAAUUUUUAUUUUCUCAAUUACAUGUAAACAAA